AUGAAGCUCGUUCGUUUCUUGAUGAAGCUAAAUAACGAAACGGUGACGAUCGAGUUGAAGAAUGGUUCUGUUGUUCAUGGAACCAUCGUUGGUAUUGACAUGGCGAUGAACACGCAUCUUAAAGCUGUAAAAUUAACAAUGAGGAACAAGACCCCUGUCCCUCUCGAGCAGCUCUCCAUCCGUGGCAGCAACAUCCGCUACUACCUGCUGCCUGACAACCUCAACCUCGACACUCUGCUCGUCGAGGACGCGCCGAAGCACAAGAUGGGAAAGGCCUCCGCUCCAGGACAGGGACGUGGAGGACGUGGAAGAGGAAGAGGACGUGGACGCGGACGCGGAGCUCCUCGUCGUUAAAUUUUGCUCGUUUUGUUGAGGCUGUGGUUAUCUCGCAUCUUUGUUUGGGUUCAGC